AUGCAGGAGUUGGAGGAGGAUGAAAAUGAGCCUGGCCUGGGGUCACCAUUGGCAGUUGGCCCAAUAGAUAGAGCCAACCUGGUUUGGGCUCCACGAAGGAGGCCAGGAGCUGAGGGCAGAAUGGGACCAGUAGUACCACCACAAGACUUCCUCAUGAGGGCACUUUUGAUUAUGCUCAUACUAGGCAGUGGAAAUGAAGUACCUAAUCUCUUGUAUGUGCACUUAACUGGGAAGGUGGGAUUAUGGUAUGAUAGUUACAUUCAUGGGUUGAUGGAGGAAUUUCACUGGCCUAGAUUUGUUGAAGCUAUAUGUAGAAGGUUUGGGGACAGUAAGGUCUCUGUGAUGGAGGACUUUGCUGCCUUCAAACAAUGGGGGAAUGUGGAUGACUUUACUGAUGAGUUUGAGGAAUUUAUGAGCCUGCUCUUACAAAUCCACCCUUGCCUGACUGAAACAUAUUUCAUGGAAAACUACAUAGCUAGGCUGAGGCAGAAUCUUAGGUGUUUUGUAAGGACUGCAAGACCUAGAGAUUUGGCUGAUGCUAUUUGGUUUGCAAGGCAAUAUGAAAAGGGCCUUAAACCUGUUGACACUCCUAGAAACUCUGCCUGGAAUACCAGAAACAACCAGCCCACUAAAACAACCAGCUCCAGCUCAAAUAGCCCUCUCCCAAAUAUCCCUAUCCCCAAGCCAAUACUGCCAACCUCUACCCAAAACUCCACCCAAACCACUGCUGCCAAGACCCCUGAAAUAACCCAGUUCAGAAAUCAGCUUAGGGAGCAGAAAAGAUGCUUUAGAUGCUUUGAUCCAUGGCAACCUGGGCAUAAGUGCAAGGGGCUAACAUUCAAUAUUAUUGAGGAUCAGGAUGAAGAGGAUGUUCCCAUUCUGAUUGAACACCCUGAGGAUGAACAGACAGAAGUAGCAGGAGUUUCCUUAUGUGCUGUAGUUGGGGGAGAAGGACUCAACACCAUUAAGCUAUUGGGAAUGGUGCAGAAACAACCCAUUGUCAUCUUGGUAGACAGUGGUAGCACCCAUAGCUUUUUGGAUCCUAAGAUCCUAAGUCAAUUGAGAAGAGAACCACGGAAAUGCACCCCCUCGAGAGUAACUGUUGCUAAUGGGGAUCAGAUCACUAGUGACUCUAUGUGCUCUGAAUUGCAAUGGCACAUCCAGCAGGAGAGUUUUGUUAAAGGAUUUAGACUCCUCAGACUUGGAGGGUGUGACAUGGUGUUGGGGAUGGAUUGGGUGGACCAGUUUGCACCCAUUCAAUUACACACCAGGCCACCUGGGAUAUCCUUCCACAAAGAAGGCAAGAAGGUUUUCUUGAAGGGCUUGACAAGGAAAACAUUGUUGCAGGCAGCCACUAAGAAGGAAGUGAAAAAUUGGCAUAAAAAUGGGGUCCAGGGUCUGUUGGUCCAAUGCCUCACUUCUCUACCUGAAACAUCUCUGGAAAACCCUCAUUGCUACCUUACCACCACCCAUGAUCUACCCUCUAACCUUGCAGCCAUACUGGAGGAGUUCCAAGAUCUUUUCCAGGAGCCCACAACUCUACCCCCACAAAGAAUCCAUGACCAUGCUAUCCCCCUUAUCCCUGGAGCCCAGCCUAUAAACAUAAGACCUUAUAGAUACUCCUUUGACCAAAAAAAUGUCAUUGAAACCAUGGUGGAAGAAAUGUUGGCUACUGGGGUCAUUACCCCUAGUACUUCAUGCUUUGCAUCCCCAGUCCUUUUGGUACCCAAAAAGGACAAUACUUGGAGAUUUUGUGUGGAUUAUAGAGCCCUUAACAGCAUCACAAUUAAAAACAAAUUUCCCAUUCCUUUAAUUGAGGAUCUGUUUUCUGAGUUGGCUGGUGCAAGGUAUUUCUCUAAGUUGGAUUUAAGAUCAGGAUACCAUCAAGUAAGGAUGAAGGAAGGGGAGGAAUUCAAAACAGCUUUUAGAACACAUCAAGGGAUAUACGAGUUUAGGGUGAUGCCAUUUGGUCUCACUAAUGCCCGUGCAACAUUCCAGGCAAUGAUGAAUCACAUUCUUAAGCCAUUGCUCAGGAAGUCAGUUCUUGUGUUUUUUGAUGAUAUAUUGGUGUACAGCUCUUCUCUGGAGGACCACUGGGGACAUCUAAGAGAAGUGUUAUCCCUCAUGAGACAGAACCUCUUAUUGGCCAAGCUCAGCAAGUGCUCCCUUGUCCAAACACAAGUGGAAUACUUAGGACACAUUAUUACUCAGGAAGGCUUGCAGACAGAUCCUUCCAAGUUAGAUGUUGUGGCUGCUUGA